AUGGCGGCGGCGGCGGCGAGCGGAGCUGGCGGGGCUGCUGGGGCCGGAGCGGGGGGAGCCGGGCCGGCGGGCCGCCUGCUGCCCCCGCCCGCCCCGGGGCCCCCGGCCGCCCCCGCUGCCGUGCCCCCGGCGGCUGGCCCGCCGCGUCCCCCAGCCCCGGCCUCCCGCGGGCCGGUGCCUGCCCGCAUCGGCUACUACGAGAUCGACCGCACCAUCGGCAAGGGCAACUUCGCUGUGGUCAAGCGGGCCACGCACCUCGUCACCAAGGCCAAGGUUGCUAUCAAGAUCAUAGACAAGACCCAGCUGGAUGAAGAAAACUUGAAGAAGAUUUUCCGGGAAGUUCAAAUUAUGAAAAUGCUUUGCCACCCCCAUAUCAUCAGGCUGUACCAGGUUAUGGAGACAGAGCGGAUGAUUUAUCUGGUGACAGAAUAUGCUAGUGGAGGGGAAAUAUUUGACCACCUGGUGGCCCAUGGCAGAAUGGCAGAGAAGGAGGCCCGUCGGAAGUUUAAACAGAUUGUGACAGCCGUCUAUUUUUGUCACUGUCGGAAUAUUGUUCAUCGUGAUCUAAAAGCUGAAAAUUUGCUUCUGGAUGCCAACCUGAAUAUUAAGAUAGCAGAUUUUGGCUUCAGUAACCUGUUCACUCCCGGGCAGCUGCUGAAGACGUGGUGCGGCAGCCCUCCCUACGCGGCGCCCGAGCUCUUUGAGGGAAAGGAGUAUGACGGGCCCAAAGUGGACAUCUGGAGCCUUGGAGUCGUCCUCUAUGUGCUUGUGUGUGGUGCCCUGCCAUUUGAUGGGAGCACACUGCAGAAUCUGCGGGCCCGGGUGUUGAGUGGAAAGUUCCGCAUCCCAUUUUUUAUGUCUACAGAGUGUGAGCACCUGAUCCGCCACAUGCUGGUGUUAGACCCCAGCAAGCGCCUCUCCAUGGAGCAGAUCUGCAAGCACAAGUGGAUGAAGCUGGGCGACGCCGAUCCCAACUUUGACCGGUUAAUAGCUGAGUGCCAGCAGCUGAAGGAAGACAGACAGAUAGACCCCCUGAAUGAGGACGUCCUCUUGGCCAUGGAGGACAUGGGACUGGACAAAGAGCGGACGCUACAGUCGUUAAGAUCAGAUGCCUACGAUCACUAUAGUGCGAUCUACAGCCUGCUGUGUGAUCGACAUAAGAGACACAAAACCCUGCGUGUCGGAGCACCUCCUAGCAUGCCCCGAGCCAUGGCCUUUCAAGCACCAGUCAAUGUCCAGGCGGAGCAGGCCGGUACCACUAUGAACAUCAGCGUUCCCCAGGUGCAGCUGAUCAACCCAGAGAACCAGAUCGUGGAGCCGGAUGGGACCGUGAACUUGGACAGCGAUGAGGGUGAAGAGCCCUCCCCUGAAGCCCUGGUCCGCUAUUUGUCCAUGAGGAGGCACACGGUGGGCGUGGCUGACCCCCGCACGGAAGUUCUGGAAGAUCUGCAGAAGCUCCUGCCUGGCUUUCCUGGAGUCAACCCGCAGGCUCCGUUCCUGCAGGUGGCCCCUAACAUGAACUUCAUGCACAACCUGUUGCCCAUGCAAAACUUGCAACCGACGGGGCAGCUUGAGUACAAGGAGCAGUCCCUCUUACAGCCGCCCGCCCUACAGCUGCUGAAUGGAAUGGGCCCCCUCGGCCGGAGGGCAUCAGACGGAGGAGCCAACAUCCAGCUACAUGCCCAGCAGCUGCUGAAGCGCCCACGGGGACCCUCCCCACUUGUCACCAUGACACCAGCAGUGCCAGCAGUUACCCCUGUGGACGAGGAGAGCUCGGACGGGGAGCCAGAUCAGGAAGCCGUGCAGAGCUCUACCUACAAGGACUCCAACACCCUGCACCUCCCCACGGAGCGUUUCUCCCCCGUGCGCCGGUUCUCAGACGGGGCUGCAAGCAUCCAGGCCUUCAAAGCUCACCUGGAAAAGCUGGCCGACAGCAGCAGCAUCAAACAGCUGCAGCAGGAGUGUGAGCAGCUGCAGAAGAUGUACGGGGGGCAGAUGGAUGAGAGAGCCCUGGAGAAGACCCAGCAGCAGCAUGUGCUCUACCAGCAGGAGCAGCACCAGCAAAUUCUCCAGCAGCACAUCCAAGAUUCUAUCUGUCCUCCUCAGCCUUCUCCACCUCUUCAGGCUGCGUGUGAAAAUCAGCCAGCCCUCCUUACCCACCAGCUCCAGAGGUUAAGGAUUCAGCCUUCAAGCCCACCCCCCAACCACCCCAACAACCAUCUCUUCAGACCACCCAGUAAUAGUCCUCCCCCCAUGAACAGUGCCAUGAUCCCGUCUCACGGCGCUGCUUCGUCCUCCCAGUUUCCGGGCUUACCAUCCCGCGGUGCAGUCUACCAGCAGCAACCCGAGAACUGCUCCCCUCCUCCCAGCGUGGCCCUAACCUGCCUGGGCCUCCAGCAGCCUCCCCAGUCACAGCAGGUGACCAUCCAAGUACAGGAGCCCGUCGACAUGCUCAGCAGCGUGCCGGGGACAGCUGCAGGCUCUGCUGGACGAGGCAUCGCCAUCAGCCCCAGCGCCGCUCAGACCCACAUGCAGCACCGUGCCGGCCUGAUGGCCACCUUCAGCUACGGGCACCGCCCCUUGUCCAAGCAGCUGAGCGCCGACAGCGCAGAGGCCCACAGCUCGAACGUGAAUCGGUUCUCCCCUGCUAACUACGACCAGGCGCACUUACACCCCCAUCUGUUUUCGGACCCGUCCCAGGGUUCCCCCAGCAGCUACAGCCCUUCAACAGGAGUGGGGUUCCCUCCAACCCAAGCCCUGAAAGUCCCUCCACUUGACCAAUUCCCCACCUUCCCUCCCAGCGCCCAUCAGCAGCCAGCGCACUACACGGCGUCGGCCCUGCAGCAGGCCCUGCUGUCCCCCACGCCGCCAGACUAUACGAGACACCAGCAGGUGCCACACAUCCUCCAGGGACUGCUCUCCCCCCGGCACUCGCUCAGCGGCCACUCGGACAUCCGGCUGCCCCCGGCAGAGUUUGCGCAGCUUGUGAAGAGGCAGCGGCAGCAGCAGCAGCAGCAGGACUACCACGACCUGUUCCGACACAUGAACCAGGGGGACGCGGGGAGCCUGGCUCCCGGUCUCGGGGCACAGGCCAUGACAGAGCGCCAGGCUCUACCGUAUCCAAAUGCUGACUCGUAUCACCACCACCACACCAGCCCCCAGCAUCUCCUGCAGAUCAGGGCCCAGGAAUGCCUGUCGCAGGCGGCACCCCCCAGCCCGGCACAUGGGUACGCCCAGCCGCCGGCCCUCCUGCGCUCCGAGAGCAUGGAAGACGAGUGUUCCUGUGAGGCGGCCAAGGACGGCUUCCCGGACAGGAAGAGCUCACACACAGUGACCAAAGGUUGCCACGACAGCCCCCUGCUCUUGAGCACUGGUGGACCCGGGGACCCCGAGUCUUUACUGGGAACUGUGAGCCACGCGCAGGAGUUGGGGAUGCCUCCCUACCGACAUCAGCCGGCCGCCGUGUUCAGUAGGAAUAAGGUGUCCAGCCGAGAGUCUGUCAUAGGGAACUGCAUGGAUAGAAGUUCUCCAGGACAAGCAAUGGAGCUACCGGAUCACAAUGGACUUGGGUACCCAACUCGCCCCUCUGUCAGCGAGCACCACAGGCCCCGGACCCUCCAGAGACACCACACGAUCCAGAACAGUGAUGAUGCUUAUGUGCAGCUAGAUACCUUGCCGGGAAUGAGUCUCGUGGCUGGGAAAGCGCUCAGUUCUGCCCGGAUGUCAGAUGCGGUUCUCAGUCAGUCCUCGCUCAUGGGAAGCCAGCAGUUUCAAGAUGGGGACAAUGAGGAGUGCAGGGAGAAUCUAAUGGGUCAUGAGCACCCCGACUUGACUGAUGGCAGCCAGCAUCUAAACUCCUCUUGCUACCCAUCCACAUGCAUUACAGACAUCCUGCUCAGCUACAAGCACCCAGAGGUCUCCUUCAGCAUGGAACAGGCAGGCGUGUAACAGGAAACGGAGAGUGUGUGUACAGCUCGGGGAUGGGAAGGUCGACUUUACACCGACAGUAUCUAGCAGCAUUGCGCCAAAUUGCCAUUGUGUUUCUGUCCACCCAGAAUGUCGUGGCUCCUUUCCUCACACUGGUUCAUCAGUGUGCGGUUCUUUUGGGUUCUGAGGGGGUUUCGCCAUGUUUGCUUGUAUGACCAAGUCACCAAGGAAAUAAACAGGAUAUCCGUGUUUGCCACCUUU